CUUAUGUUGUUACUAAAUUAUAAUUAACCAUUUUCUUACUUCUGCUUUUUGUUGCUUCAUUCAUCUUCUAUAUAAGCAACAACAAUACUAAUUAAGUCUCAACUGCCCAAUUGAAUAUUUAAAACAUCAUAAGAAGAAGGAUUUUUAUCUAUAACAACAAUUUAUAAAGAAAUAAAUAUACAUAUAUAUGUCUUUGAAAGCUUUCCAAAAACAAAAAGAAUCUCAAGAAUUUUGGUUCCUUCCGGCUUAACUGCAGCAGAUACGAUAUUGAAACGCUGAAGUCUAGAGAAGAAGAGUGGGAUAAUCAGAGGCAGGAAUCGUGCGCUACUUUAGUAUUAUUAAUAACUCGGGAGGAAAGGUGUCUUCACAUCAGCGUUAAGGACGACAAGUUAGUAGCGAUGAACCCCAGGAAUCUUAGCCAACGCAGAUCUCCCCUUGCCCUUCCCUUUAAUAAACUCCAUUCUCGCACUUCCCUCAGAAAUCAUCUACAGAGACGAAAGUCCAAAAACAUUCGGAAGCGCAUGAAAAGACUACGAUCAGAUAUGCAAGAAAUAAGUAGGGAACAAGGGAAGAUCAAAGAAGGGCAAAGACAAGUACGAGAAAAAUUUGAAGCCGUUGAAUCCGAAUGCGAAUUGCUUCGGAAGGAGACUAACAUCAUAAUGCGGCAGAGUAUGAGCACACAACUCCGCCUUGCUUUCAUGUUCCAAAUCUUGAAAGCAAGAGAAAACCACGACCUCGACCAGGCUGCCAAACUCACUUCCGCUCUUCGGGAGCUGAUAGCGAGAGAGAAUCAGCAAAAGGAAACUAUGUGAUUAAGAAGAGUUGUUGCUUGUAUCUUAGCAUUAAUAUAUUAUAUGUUGGUGUGAGUGAUCAACCAUGGUGCUUCUAUUCUUCUGGUCUUCAUCUUUUAUGCAGUGUUUGCUGUGUGGUGUUAUCUGGGUUCUUUGUGUUUGUUUAGCAGUUGUAUUCUUAAUUGUACCCUCAUGUUUUGCUUGAUCAUCUUUUCUAUCAAUAAAAUUUGCUUAGACUUCCCGUUA